AUGGGGGUCGAGUCAACCUCCUCCAAUGAAUGUCUGCAUGAAGCAGCGUUGAAUGCUGCAGAAGCGUCGGAAGCGGACAGCAGCUGUACGGUAGCAGCCACCACUAAGCGAGAAUUUGAUAAAGCAAGCGAGGCAGCGUCUAGCGCUACGAAUUGCAUCGCGACGUGCAGUUCUGAGGGCGAAGCGGGAAAACAGGCGGACGCUCCCUUGGACGGAAAGGGCGACGGGACGGAAGGAGGAGCAUCAGGUUGUGCAACUGCCGCUGACACCUGCCUAGACACCUUGGCGCAGCCGUCUUUUUCUCCUCCAAAGCAGAGGCGGCGUAGAGGCCCCCGCAUCCCAGCCGUUGCUACGCGGUCUCUGCCGAACCGAGACAGCCGAAUUGCUGCAGAUCUUCAGAAUAAAUUCGUAGUCGAAUGCGAACGGUUGGGGUGGCGCACACAGAGUUCGCGAAGCAACAACACCAGCACCAGCGGUAGCAAGAGCAACAGCAGCGGAGACGUGGCGGAGAAACGCAGAAAGGACAAGCAAUCUGCCUCUGCAUUCGGUUCAUCCGCGACCUCGAGUUCCUCUGCCCGCCAGCCGAAGAAGGAGCUCAGCAAAAGGGGGGGAAGGCCUCCUCGUGAUCGGCGAAAGGGCAGAGUGGUGGAUUCUGCACCCUCCCGGAGCAGAUCUGGCCUCUCGUGCAGUGGCGCUCCCCGAGGAAGGCCUCGGGGGAGUGCGAAAGCUUCGAGGACGAACAAAAAAGCCGAGGAUGGGAAGAGUUCGCUGAAAGCGUCAAAUCCUAGACCUCCACCUCCUACCCAGAGCAGGCGUCCUCGACGGCAUGCGGCGGAUAGGGCAGCUGCUGCCAUUGUCGCCGCAGCCGCGCCAAUGCAUGAUGGCUUUCUGGUGCUAGACAUCCCGGCAAAGAGGCUGCGUCAGCAGCAGCAGCCACUCGCAGGCAAGAAGCAGCAGAGGCGCACGACAAAGUGGAGAGGAGACGAGGACGCAAAGGGCGAAGAUGCUACCACCAUACAAAAGCGGGAGGGAGGGGAAUGUCUGGAAGAAAUGCGUAACGAGCCGAAAGAGGGAAAUCCAGAAGCUGGGCUCCAUGCUUUCAAGGAAGAAGUGGAUUUGACUGGCGCCGAGUGCAGAGAUGAAAUUGCAAACGAGCGGCGGGAAGCUCAGGAUCCGAUGCAAACCGAGUUGGAGUCAAAGGCCGAAAGUACCGCUGAAGAGCUAAGACUCCUGGAGAAGGCUUUGGAAGAGGAGGAGUUUGACAGGCGAAGAGUCGAACCAUAUGAGCUCGAGGUGCGAAUAGAGCUUGGAAGUGCAGUGCUUGAAAACGCCCGCUCCAGAACUCCGGAGAUUACCCCGGCGAAAUCUCGACUCGUACAUGCAAGGAAUCCCCCUCGAGCUUCAGGUCUUCAAUUUUGCAGAAAGAGUUUGCUGCCUGCAGCGACAGUGCACGAUACAAACGACCAACAUACAUGGGAUUUAGUUGGGGGAAGCUUCGUGAGAAGUAGUCGUACACCGAUGCACUGCGCGGACCCCUUAGCAGGUAUCUGGGCAGCACACGUGCUUCCACCAUUCCCCUGUAUUGAAACGUCGGGACCAAUAAAAAAAAACAAUCGGAACCCUCAUUGGAGGGGACAGGCAGUGCACAAGACAGAGGCAAAUGAGCGGGACGAAAAAGUGCCAUUUAUAUCUCCUCAAAUGAAUAUGGAUUGGCAGAGACACACUCACACGCCCCACCUGGAAGUAUUCUGGGCUGCGAAACUUGAACGGACCCUGGCUGACACCUCCGACCGUCAGCGUUAUAGGAAACACCAGCGCCCUCCAGAUUUCAAGCUGCUCCAAAUGAAUCGAAAUGUGGCUGAAAAUGUCAUGAGAACAGCGGCAGAAAAGCCAAGAGACUUGGCGAGACGGAAAGGCACUUAA